ACAUGGAAUCAAGUAAAGUCAAUAUAGGUGAAGAAAGUUGCUUAGACGGCCCGAAUGAUUGUAAUAUCAAUAAAACAUUGGUAAAUCAAAAAUAUAUCGCUUUAGAAAAAAGUGGUCGAUACGAAGAUGAAAUAAUGUCCUUAGUGGAUUCCCGGCUUUAUGCGCAAACGACAAUAACGAAUUUGGAGCGGUCCCCUUUAUUUAUAUUACGGGAGAAACCGAAACGUAAUUAUAGCCGUGAUUUUAGAGAAAAGGCAAAAUUGGCUUUUUUAUACGAUUCUACGCCAGAAACAAAAAGAAAAGCUUCAGAUCGUCGUUACGACGAUAUCGAGAAAGCCGACACAUACAAGCUUUGGUGCCAUCCAAUCAGUUUAAAACUGAGAUAAGUAGGAAUUAUGAUUGGGAUGAAGAUGACGAUGACAUUUUUGCUUCUAUAAGCACUCAAGAAAUCCUACACCAAGACGUGAAGAUGAAUGAUAAUUUUCCCCAUAUGUCUAAGUUCCCAGUAAAUAAGCAGAUAACCCAGGGUAACCAAAGAGAUAAUAUUAGUGAGUACUCCAAGAACUUGGUGCUGAGUGAAACUAAUGUUGCAUUAGGACUUCAAAAAGGGGAGAACGGACGGAGUUGGGAGUAGGCAAAAACGCAGUUAGCCUGAAUGAAAUUUUUAUUGAAAACGAAUGGGAAGAAGUGAAAAGUGAAGUGAGUCGAGAUUAAGUGGGCAAGGUGAAUAAUCCGGGAAGUCCGAUUAUUUCUGCGAGUUUUCAAACAGCGAAUGGUAAAAAAAUCUCCAUAUCGAAAGAAAGCCAUCCGUACAAAAUAUUCUAAAAGAAUUUCAAGACAAUUUGCAGGAAACGAGUAAAUGGAGCUUGGCAAGGUCAUUAAUCCGGGAAGUUCGCUUGUUUCUGCAGGUUUUCAAACAAGGAGUGGCAAGAAGGUGCUGAUAUCUGAGAAUAGAAAAAACGUGUGGAAAGCCUGCUAAACGAACUUAAUCAAAGUGAACGUGAUAGUGAUAUAAAGAAUAAUUUGCUUUCUAUAAAAAAUAAAGUUAUUUCCAAAAAUCAAAGCAUGCUGUCUGAAAAAAAUCAUCUUUAACAAGCAGGAAAGAGGAAAGAAUAUACGAUUAUCCCAUUUGUAGCAGCAAAUUGUCAGCUGCAUGUCCACAGACCGAUGAUACACCGUUGUUGACUCUUGAUGAUGAAUCGAAACAAACCGCUUUAAAUGGUCCAAUGCUGUUUCGUAAAAAGCACUUGUUGUCAUUAAACCCAAAAUUAGAUUUUAGGCCACCCAAUGAACUCUAUGAGUCACCCAAUAGAAAUUCACGACAAACCGAGAUUACGACACCCGAAUUAGGGAAGUUUGUUAAAAAGGCUGUGGAAACAAGUACACCAUGCUCAAAUAGAAAAUUGCCCUAUCAGGAAAU